AGCUCCCAUCUCUUCACCCCUUGUGGCCAACCUGGAUCAGUCAAGCCUACCAUGGCCGACCCAUUAUCAGUCACGGCUUCUGUUGCAGGCGUGAUCGGAUUCGGGCUUCAAGUCUGCAAUGGGGUAAGCCAAUAUCUCGAUGCGAUCAAAGAGCGUGAGAACGAUCUCGAGAGCGCCAGGCGUCAAGCACAGCAUAUGAAGAGUCUCCUCGCGCUUAGUAAAGCCGCGCUCAAUCGAACGGGCCAAGGCCAUGGACAAUCCACCUCUUUCGGCCAGAUAAUUGUCGACGCAUGUGAACCUCAAAUUCAGGCCCUAGAAAAUCUUGUCACCAAGUUAGCCAGUGGCUCUCCAUCAUCUGCAGACCAGGGCAAAGCGGAUAGA